UAUCAACGCACACAUUUUUGUGGAGAAGCCUCGUGUGUAUAUUCAGCCAUGGCACAACUCCAGGCACGUUUCUACAGCAAGAACAAGAAAUACGCAGUGGAUGAUGUCCCUUUCUCAAUCCCUGCCACUUCUGAAGUUGCCGACCUUAGUAACAUUAUCAAUAAUUUGCUGGAGACCAAAAAUGAAUUCCACAAACAUGUCGAGUUUGAUUUCCUUAUCAAGGGCCAGUUUCUUCGAGUGCCCUUGGUCAAACACAUGGAACUGGAGAACAUUUCAUCGGAAGAGGUUGUGGAACUAGAAUAUGUGGAAAAGUACACCGCACCCCAGCCAGAGCAGUGCAUGUUCCAUAAUGACUGGAUUAGCUCAAUUAAAGGGGCAGAAGAAUGGAUCCUGUCUGGUUCUUAUGAGACUUCUCGGAUCUGGUCCUUGGAAGGAAAGUCAAUAAUGACAAUUGUGGGACAUACAGAUGUUGUGAAAGAUACGGCUUGGGUGAAAAAAUACAGUUUGUCCUGCUUACUACUGACGGCCUCGGUGGACCAGACUGUUCUCUUAUGGGAGUGGAAUGUAGAGAAGAACAAAGUGAAAGCUCUGCACUGCUGCCGAGGGCAUGCUGGGCGUGUGGAUGCCAUAGCAGUCGAUAGCUCAGGAGCUAAGUUUUGCAGUGGCUCCUGGGAUAAGAUGCUAAAGAUCUGGUCUACAGCCUCUACAGAUGAAGAAGAUGAAAUGGAAGAAGCCACAAAUCGACCAAGAAAAAAGCAAAAAACAGAACAGUUGGGACUAACAAGAACACCCUUGGUGACCCUCUUUGGCCACACAGAAGCAAUUUCCUCAGUCCUUUGGUCAGAUGCUGAAGAAAUCUGUAGUGCAUCUUGGGAUCACACAAUUAGAGUGUGGGAUGUUGACUCUGGUGGUCUUAAGUCAACUCUGACAGGAAAUAAAGUGUUUAAUUGUAUUUCUUAUUCUCCCCUUUGUAAACGUUUGGCAUCUGGAAGCACAGACAGGCAUCUUAGACUGUGGGAUCCCCGAAGUAAAGAUAGUUCUUUGGUGUUGCUGUCUCUCACCUCACACACAGGCUGGGUGACAUCAGUGAAGUGGUCUCCUACCCAUGAACAGCAGCUCAUCUCGGGCUCUUUAGAUAACAUUGUGAAGCUAUGGGAUACAAGAAGCUGUAAGGCUCCUCUCUAUGAUCUAGCUGCUCAUGAAGACAAAGUUCUAAGUGUGGACUGGACAGACACAGGGCUACUUCUCAGUGGAGGAGCAGACAAUAAAUUGUAUUCCUACAGAUAUUCCCCUACCACUUCCCAUGUGGGGGCUUGAAAAUGAAUGGCUGAG